AUGUCAGCUAAACCGCAUUCACUUGUCGUUCCUGCCGUGUCCACUGUGCAGUUUAUUCGCACGUUACGCAAUAGAAGUGGAGUACCACGCGUCGUAGCAGAUCCGGAUUCAAAAAUGUAUUUCACUGGUGAUAUAGGUUAUUUUUAUCGAUAUCACCGUAAAGGUGUCGACACAUUGCCUCGAAUUCCUAACUGUCGUGUCCCAAUCACUCGACCUGAUUAUAAAGUUCGUAAUGCGUGGUGUGAUGAUCAAGCACGUUUCGGUGAGAAUGAUUAUAUAGAUCUGUUAGGUGACGGUCAACUUCAUCCAGCACAGUUACAAUAUCAUACACCGACAUGGUUACGCGGUUUUCCUGGACAACAUCGAGCGAAUGAAUUGAUAAAACUAAUUCAUUAUCGAAAUUUGUAUAAGAAUAAGUUGGAAAAAAAUUCACCUCGACGAUGGUUGGAAUUAAAUAAACGUUUAAAAUAUUUAUUGAAACGUCAUAAUUAUGAGAAACAAGAUGAAUUAAAAGGUGAACGUGAUUUAGGUUUAUGGGAGGAAAAACCCGAUUAUUUUUAUAAAGAUAAGUCACGUCGUAGUUAUGAAGACCUUGUUUGA